AUCCUCAGCUUGGUCUGCACGGCUGCUUAUCAGCGGCCGACGACUAACAAACAGCAUUGUUUGGGUACAAGCCAAAGGACAGAGCUGUGCGGCACUGCAGGAGGAGGUGGGGAGGUGGGAAGCACUUGUAGGCUAUAAAGUCAAAGGGCUGCACUUGUGGGGCCACAUUGACAGAGAGAGUCCAGAUUGACGCCUCGCGCUACUGCGUCAAUCUCUGAGGACGAUCACCGAAACAUUUUGCAAAGGAGUGAUACAUUGGAUGCUUACUCUGUCCCCACUUCUGGAGGAUUAUUCAUUUUCUUGAGCGAUAUUUUGUUUAAGAAGAGCUCGGAGAAAUGGAUAUGUACGUUUUGAUUUCCGUGUUGUCAGUGAUGCACUCCUGGAUUUUGUGCACAGUGCUAUCAGCGCCAGCUGGAGAGACAACCACUGUCUCCAUCGACACCCAGCGGCUCCAUGUGCGGACCAAACGCUGCUCCUGCAACACUUUCAUGGACAAGGAGUGCGUCUACUUCUGCCACCUGGACAUCAUUUGGGUCAACACACCUGAGCGCUUGGUCUCUUACGGACUGGGCAACGCUCCCAGAACGAGGCGCGCGGUCGCGGACUCCAUGGCAACCAGCGGCGGACCUCGCUGCCAGUGUUUCCGCCAACACGACAACACAUGUAGAAGCUUCUGCCGGCUGGAAAACCACCUCAGGUAUGAACCGUCGCCAGACACGGUGAUCCCCUCUGCCGAGGGCGAUGCUUGUGCUGAGGCGCAGUGCAAACACAAGCUGGCAGCCGACACGGGCACGAGUAAGAGGAUGAGGAACAGCAACAAGAAACGGGUGUCACCUCUAGCUAUAAGGGCUGCCUUAAAAACCCGUCUGCUGCUUGAGAAGUGGAGGGUGAGACAACGCCACAGGGCGAGAGCAUGGGAGGGCGAGAGACCAGCCUCCUAAAGAUGACAGAUAACCUCCGGACCGGUCAUACAGAGGGGGAAAUGGUUUCAUACUGUAAGCCUUUCUCUAAAGCCAGUGGGGAGCCCUUUGGAAGGCAACAGAGAGCCUGAUUGGGUCCGGCAAACGUACUCCAUGUUGACUUUGUGGCUGUGGUGUCAGGGCAGAGAGCAUUUACACCUCAACUCGACGGUUGAACAUCAUGAGACAGAUGAACGAAGUCAGAGACAAUACAGGGAGCACAGAUGAAAGAAGAUAAGCUGAACAGAGGACUUCGCCUCGGUCUGCAAAAUCAAGGACAGUCAUUGAUCUUGUAGCUUGUAGAUGUC